ACCCGUAUCGGGGGUUUAUGAGAGAGUCAUGGGCUCGGUAUCAUAGGCCUUUUCGAUUAAAAGAAAUGAAUAAAUGGGUUUCAACCCGUGAACCGGGUCUUCCAAGUGAGCCCGUAUGAUACGGGGUCAUGCCACGCGGCGCAGAGGGAGUGGCUACGCGAUCUCGCGUGUUGAGUGAGAAAAAAAGGGUUUCGCGUGAAAGAUCUCAUUUUCCCUUCUCUCUUCGAAAUCUAGGGUUUCUCCGUCUCUGAGGCGAUUUCGUGUCCGAGUCCAGAGCCGGAGAUUUUCUCGAUCAAUUCGUCGUCGGAGUCACUCGUAAACGCUCUCAGAUGGAUCCCGAAGCAGAGAUAAGAGACACAAAGAGAAGAAAAGAGCACAUCGAUAUGCUUUCAUACGUGUGUGAUUCAGAACACGGGAUUCCGACGAGGUGUCCCUGUGGUGGGAGUAUAAUUCACGAGGUUUGUGGGAAGGAGGAAUACGACACUCUCCCCGGCAAGCGUUUCUUCACCUGCAUAAACUACGAGGCUGAUGGAUUUCAUUAUCGUCAGCCUUGGGUCAUUGGUGUGCAGGAGCAUAUCGAACGGCUCACAAGUCGUGUGGAGGAGGUGGAGGCAGUGAUCAAGUGGGUGCCGGAGGUGAAUAAUAAGAUUAAGAGUCUGGAGGCAGAGGUAAAAGCCCUCACUGUGGAGGUUGAUAGGCUCACUGGGAAGGUUUAUAACCUGACCGUGCAGGUGGAUCACUUGGAGAAAUGCUGCUUCGACUGAAAACACAAAGGUCACCAGUUCAAGGAGGAGGAUGCGUGGAUGGUUGCAGGUCUCUGUUUCUUUAUGUAUCAAAUCAAGUCACGGGUGGUAAUGUAGUAGUAGGAGGUUGUAGUGGUAGGUUAUGUAAGAUGGAAUCACGGGAGAGUGUAGUGUUUUCCAACUUUCUACACUCGUUUUAUGUAUGUAUCAAAUCAAGGGUAUGUCCCCACGGCUUUGCUUUUGUACUCACAGGUGUAUGUACCCACAUGCUACUUGCUUCAAUGUUUUUCUAUAUAUAUGACUAUGUGUUUCAUUCUAUUUAUCUCAUUCAUGCAUUUUAUCAAAACUAUCUUACCAACUAUGUGAUACAUCAGUUUGAUUCUUCUUACCAUCAGCCAUACUUUUAUCAAAACUAUCUCACCAUCUCGGAAUCUCACCAACCAACACCACUACGAGAAUCACCAACCAACACCACGAGAAUCACAACAACAAUCAAACAAGAAUCACCAAUCAACACAAGGAAUCAACUCUACUACUCCUCAACCCCACAGAUCAUCUCUACCAUUCAACAGAGGUAAGUUGAAAACCAAAAAUUCUAAGUAAUGAACAUAUCCUUAAAUAAUGAAAUUCUAAAUUCUAUAUUAUCAUAUUUAAAACCAAAAAAGGUUUAUAAUUUACUAAAGUUAAAACCCAAAAAAAAAAGAUUCAAGAGAAAUAAACAGAUUUAUAAUUUUAAUGAAAAACUUUACUAAGGUUAAAACCAAAAUAAUAUAAAAAAAAAACUAAGGUUAAAACCCAAAAAAAAAAUGAAGAGAAAUAGAGAAAUAAACUUUAAAAGAGGAAAAGCAUACCAUAUAUAAGAAAUAAAAAUUUGUUUUAAAAGUUUAUUAAAAAUUCCUCCCUAUUGCCUUUUGUAGGAAAAAUAUUACAAUAAAUAUCAUCAACAAUGUCUUCCUCAUCAAGUGAUGAAGCGGAUGAAGUUUUUGAUGAAUUGGUCGAUGAAGUUGUUGAUAAUUUCAUCGAUACAGUAAUUGAUGGUCAAACCAACAAACCAAAGAGGCGAGCUUAUAUUGAAAGAGAUCGAGAACUAGGACACAUUCGACUAUGCAACGACUAUUUCAGUAAUAAUCCAACGUACACACAAGAUAUGUUUAGGCGGCGGUUUCGAAUGAACAAGCCAUUGUUCCUUCGCAUUGUCGACCGUCUAAGUACUGAAGUUCCGUACUUUCAGCAAAGAAGAGAUGCUACCGGAAGGAACGGGCUAUCUCCACUUCAAAAGUAUACGGCAGCGAUACGUAUGCUCGCAUAUGGUCAGUCAGGAGAUACAUAUGACGAAUAUCUCCGGAUGGCUGACAGUACAUCACGUUUAUGUUUGGCAAAAUUCACUGAUGCAAUAAUACAAUUGUUUGGGGAUGAGUAUCUACGAACACCUACAGCCGAGGAUCUUCAGCGAUUACUCGAUAUUGGAGAGGUACGGGGAUUUCCGGGGAUGAUAGGCAGCAUCGACUGUAUGCACUGGGAGUGGAAAAACUGCCCAACAGCUUGGAAAGGCCAGUUCACACGUGGUUCGGGAAAGCCGACAAUUGUCUUAGAAGCCGUGGCAUCACAAGAUCUUUGGAUUUGGCACGCUUUUUUCGGCUUACCAGGUACCCUAAACGAUAUCAAUGUUCUUGAUCGGUCUCCAGUUUUUGAUGACAUCUUACAUGGUCGAGCCCCUAAAGUGAAGUUCAAGGUCAACAACCACACUUAUCGUAUGGCCUACUAUCUUACCGACGGCAUUUAUCCUCCAUGGGCAACAUUUAUCCAAUCCAUCCCACUUCCUCAAGGUCGUAAAGCACAUAAAUUUGCAGAAAUGCAAGAAUCCGCCAGAAAAGAUGUCGAACGGGCUUUUGGAGUAUUGCAAUCGAGGUUUGCAAUUGUUAGGAACCCAGCUCUACAAUGGGACAAGAAAAGGAUAGGAAAAGUAAUGAUAGCUUGUGUCAUAUUGCACAAUAUGAUAGUAGAGGACGAACGAGACGGAUACGCUCCAAUUGAUACAUCUGAGUUUGAGACAGGACAGUCUAGCAGAAGUUCGCAGGUGAGAAGCAGAGAUAGUGUUAAUGUCACCCCUGAUAUGUUAGCCAUGCGGAGAGAAGUUCGAGAUAGUGACAAGCAUCAUCGUUUGAAAGCUGAUUUAGUGGAAAAUAUUUGGCAAAUGUUUGGUGAUGAAGAUGAAUAAAUAAGUUAUUUAUGUUAGAAAAAUUUCUCAAUUUAUGUAAUGUACUUUUAAUGUAUUGAAUAAAAU